CGAUCUCCAGGCACGCUCCGCCCCUUUCCUUUACCCCCCUUUGCGGCUCCGCUCCGCUCCAUUCGAGCGCGGCGCCGCAUCUGCGAGGAUCGGGUGAGAAGAAAAACGUCCUAUCGCCCAACUUGGCAAACUUGCCGGACUUUCCUGUCCUUUCUCGGAUUCCUUUGCCAGCUGCCGAAAAUGGCCUUGCAGUCGCCUUAUUUAAAACCGAUUAUUCCUUUUAGUGGUCCAAUUUACGGUGGCCUGAAAAAUGGGAUGACUGUAUUAGUCAGCGGAAGUGUUUGGAAGUCCUGCGCAAGAUUCCAGGUUAACUUUCAGUGUGGCAAAUCCCAAACGUCCAGAUCAGAUAUCGCUUUCCAUUUCAAUGUCCGUUUUGAUCAGAACUGUAUUGUAUGCAAUUCACACGAAAAGGGAGACUGGAAGCAAGAAGAAAGGAAAAAAGAGAUGGUUUUCCACAAAGGGCAACCAUUUGAGAUCUGGUUUGUUGUGAACAUCUCCUCCUAUGUGGUACGAAGACGAUAAGUCCUCUUCGUGGGUUAUAAUCACCAUCUUUUAAAAAAAAUAGUCUUGGUUUGGUUAUUGAUUUUUAUCUUGUGGCAAUGGAAAAGCAUUUUUCAAAAUGUCUGAAACACAAAAUGUCUCAAAAUAAUCCUUGCUGAGGGCAAAACUGUUAUCUCAAAUGCAAAAUGGGCCCCACCAAUGCACACAUAAACCGAUGGAGUUUGAGCACACUUCCUUUUGAUCUUGUCUUUAUUUUUAUUUAUCGGUUUAGAAACCGUCUCCUUCACGGAGCAAAACCUCAAGUCUCUUACCCACUUUGGGUGCUCUAUACAGUCUCCCAAUGGAGCCUGCCCAUUAUGGUCGUCAGUUGUGACCGUCAUAAUAUAGAUCAUCAGACCUGUUUUUCCUUCCUUUUCUGCAGAGUUCAUUAAGACAGCCCAUUCUUUUUUUUUUAUUGAAAAUUUUGAAAAC